AUGUGUGAGAGUUUUUUAAAAUUUGUUCCAGUGGAUGAUGUUAGUGGUCAAAGCUUAGCAAAUCAUAUUAUUACUGAGUUAAAAGGCUUAAAUAUUGAAAUCAAAAAUCUACGGGGUCAAGGUUAUGACGGUGCCGCCAGUAUGAGUGGGAAAUUAAAUGGUGUUGCAGCUUUAAUUAGAAAAGAAUAUCCGAGUGCAUUGUACAUACAUUGUAGUGCUCAUAAUCUCAAUCUGUGGGUUGAACGUUAUAAUUCAAUAGAAACGUUCAAUGAAUUUUUCCCUGCAAUUAUUUAUUGCUUGGAAGAAAUGAUUACAUGGAAAGAUAUUGAUACAUCGAGUAAAGCUAAUCAACUGCUUUUGGCAUUGCAAUCUUCUGAAUUUAAUGUAGCCCUCAGUAUUCUCAACCACAUUUUUCAGUAUACACAGUCUCUUUGCAAAUAUUUACAAAGUAAAAAUAUUGAUUUGGUGGUAGCUGUUAAUCAUAUUAAUCUAGUAAAAAAUCAAUUAAGUUGUAUAAGGGAAAACGCCACUACUGAAUUUAACAAAUUAUUUAUUGAUAUUAAUAAAAGAUUAAACGAUUUUGAACUUACUAUUGAAAUGCCUAGAUUAGCUAAACGUCAAAAAUACCGAGACAAUAUUCCGACAAAAGAUCCCGAAGAAUAUUUUAGAAUCACUUUAUUUCUACCGUUUCUUGAUUCGUUUGUACAACAAUUAAACGAUCGUUUUGUUAAUCAUCAAAACAUAAUAUCUGGAUUUCAAAUGUUUGUUAAAAGCUCAGAGUUUGAUGAAGAAAAACUAAGAGAACUUGUUGAGUUUUAUGCUAAAGAUGUUGAUGAUUUUGAUCGAGUGAAAUCAGAAACUAUUUUAUGGAAUCGCUAUUUGACUGACAGUAAUAAACAAUAUAAUAGUGUAAUUCAAAUACUUAAUGAAUGCAAUCCAGAUUUAUUCCCAAAUAUAUAUAAACUAUUACAAAUACUUAUCACACUUCCUAUUACUUCAUGUGAAGCGGAGAGAUCAUUUUCCACACUUAAAAGGAUCAAGAGUUACUUAAGAAAUUCCACAUCAGAAAGAAGACUCAAUGGAUUAGCUGCCCUCAAUAUCCACUACGAAGUCAGUGUAACACCAGAGGAAGUAAUAAGUCAUUUAAGCUCUACAAAACAUCGUUUAGAUUUCAUCUUGUAA